GCAGUGUGAUGUCCAGGGUCAGAAAUGCCUUAUGUGGAUCGUCAGAAUCGCAUCUGUGGAUUCCUGGAUAUUGAAGAAAAUGAGAAUAGUGGGAAGUUUCUGCGGCGGUACUUCAUUCUGGACACAAGAGAAGACAGUCUGGUGUGGUACAUGGAUAACCCACAGAAUCUUCCCUCUGGAUCUCCACCUGUGGGAGUCAUUAAACUUACCUAUAUUUCAAAGGUUAGCGAUGCAACUAAGCUAAGGCCAAAGGCAGAGUUCUGUUUUGUUAUGAAUGCAGGGAUGAGAAAAUACUUUCUACAAGCCAAUGAUCAGCAGGACCUAGUUGAAUGGGUGAAUGUUCUGAACAAAGCUACCAAAAUCACAGUACCAAAGCAGUCUGAUCCUCUCUGUCAGAUGGAUAAUGCAAAUCGUCAAGCUGAAAGUCCAGGUGGAAAGAAGCAAGUCUCUUACAGGACAGAAAUUGUUGGUGGUGUUCCUAUCAUUACACCUACCCAGAAAGAAGAACCCAGUGAGUGCAGUGAAGGGGGUGACAGGAAUUAUUUGAAACGGUCACAAAGUCACCUUCCUUAUUUUUCUGCUAAGCAUCCCCCAGAUAAUGCUAUUAUCAAAGCUGGUUACUGUGUAAAACAAGGAGCAGUGAUGAAGAACUGGAAGAGAAGAUACUUUCAGUUAGAUGAAAACACAAUAGGAUAUUUUAAGUCUGAACUGGAAAAGGAACCUCUCAGGGUCAUACCGCUUAAGGAGGUCCAUAAAGUUCAGGAAUGCAAACAAAGUGAUAUAAUGAUGAGAGACAAUCUCUUUGAAAUUGUAACAACUUCUCGAACCUUUUAUGUACAGGCGGACAGUCCAGAAGAUAUGCACAGUUGGAUAAAAGCAAUUUCUGGGGCCAUUGUAGCACAGCGGGGACCUGGAAGAUCAGCAGCUUCCGAGCAUCCCGAGUCUUCUUCCGAACCCAACCAUGCUCUCCGUUCUGCCAUCCCAGCCCCAGCCUCCUCACAUUCCACAGCCGCUCACGGCAGCCCUCUGGUCCCAAACCCUCACGCCAAAUACCCUGCCUUGGAGAAGCGAGGAUUUCACGAGUCUUUUACCAAGGCCAGGCCAGGGAGCUACAAGAUCCAGGUUGUCGCUCCAAGAGAAUCAGCUUCCAAAGUGACUGAAGGGGGCUUCUCGGAACCCCAAAGUAAAAAUGGCACUCAGGAACAGGAUCCUGGCCUUGUGGAUCUGGAUGAUGCAAGCCUUCCAGUUAGUGAUGUGUAGUGAUGGAAGUGUUUGGAGAAUGAUCCAUUUGUUUGGUCCUCUUAAUUUCCUUGCUCGGACUUUGAACCAAAGAAAAUUAUAGGAAAUGAGAACAAAAAA